AUGCCGACUAAAGAACCCCGCCCUCUAAUCGUCGGUUCGGAAAGCGGUCCCGAAUCUCCUUAUCCUUUGCGAAUGGAGGGUGAAGUGGUUUCGGGAUUUGGUCGCGGAUCUAAAGAACUCGGAAUCCCCACCGCCAACAUCCCCGUAACAAACGUUCCCUGGAUCGACACCGCCCCCUCCGGCGUAUACUUCGGCUACGCCGCCCUCGAUCUCCCCCCUUCUCACCCCGAACUGCAAUCCCCUCCUUCCUCCCCCUCCCCCUCCACCACCCUCCUCUACCCCAUGGUAAUGUCCAUCGGCUACAACCCCUUCUACCGCAACACGGUCCGCUCAGCCGAAGUCCACCUCCUGCACAAAUUCUCCCAAGAUUUCUACGGAAGCAACAUGCGCGUGGAGAUUCUGGGGUAUAUUCGUCCCGAGCUGGAUUAUGUGGAUAAGGAGUCUUUGGUCAGGGAUAUCGAGACGGAUAUUGAGGUUGCGAGGAGGAGUUUGGCGAGGGAGAAUUGGGGGGUGGAGAAGAGGGAUGGGUGGUUGGUGGGGGGAGAGAAGGGGAAGAGUGGAUAG